AUGGCGUCUUUGGGCGAUGAUCUGUUGGUCACGGUCAACAAGCUCCAGGAUUUGGUUUUCAACACUAUUGGCAAUGAUUCCCUAGACUUGCCACAGAUUUGCCCAUCGGUGACCAGCCCCUCCGAUAUCGAAAACCAGACGCGCAAUUUGAUUUCGGAAUACAUUGCGAAACCUAAUAGCAUAAUUUUGGCGGUUUCUCCUGCGAACGUUGACCUUGUGAACUCUGAGGCGUUGAAACUUGCUCGCCAUGUCGACCCAAUGGGCCGAAGGACUAUCGGGAUCUUGACGAAGCUGGAUCUGAUGGACCACGGCACGAACGCUUUGGAUAUCCUGUCCGGGCGAGUGUAUCCAUUGAAGCUGGGCUUUAUUGGAGUGGUCAAUCGAUCCCAACAAGAUAUCCAAAGUGGCAAGUCGUUGGCGGAGGCACUAACAGCCGAAGCGGAGUUUUUCAGACACCAUCCGGCCUACCGAAAUAUUGCUACUCGCUGUGGGACUCAGUUCCUGGCAAAAAGCUUAAACACAACAUUGAUGUCACAUAUUCGCGAUAGGCUACCUGAUAUAAAAGCUCGGUUAAAUACUUUGAUGGGCCAAACGCAGCAAGAAUUGGCAAGCUACGGAAACAAACAAUUCAACGGCAAGGAACACCGAGGUUCGCUGAUCCUGCAGCUCAUGACCCGAUUUGCAUCUUCGUUUAUUUCCUCGAUUGAUGGAACCUCUUCCGAGAUUUCCACAAAGGAGCUUUGUGGUGGUGCGCGGAUCUAUUAUAUUUUCAAUUCUGUCUUCGGGAACUCUCUGGAGACAAUUGACCCAACUCAUAACCUUUCCGCCCUCGAUAUCCGAACAGCCAUCCGCAACUCUACUGGUCCUAGACCUAGCCUUUUCGUACCUGAAAUGGCCUUUGAUUUGCUUGUUAAACCUCAAAUCAAGCUUCUCGAAAUCCCCAGCCAAAGAUGUGUCGAACUUGUCUACGAGGAACUUAUAAAAAUAUGCCAUACCUGCGGUUCGACUGAGCUGUCCCGAUUUCCCCGCCUGCAAGCCAAGCUCAUUGAGGUCGUGUCUGAUCUUCUGAGAGAACGACUUGGCCCUUGCUCUGCCUACGUCGAAUCACUCAUUUCUAUUCAGCGCGCAUAUAUUAAUACUAACCAUCCAAAUUUCCUUGGUGCAGCUUCUGCCAUGUCAUCCGUGAUCCAGAACAAACAAGAACAAGAGAGGAAAACUGCUAUGGCUGAAGAUCGACGGAAACGAGAACGAAGACGGAUGAAGGAACUUGGGGCCGUUAAUGGAACAGCAACCCCAGAUGGCGAAGAAGAACAAGAUGCCGAUGAAAAGUUACAAAAUCUGGCAAUCCGCGGCCAGAAAUCUCAUAAUAGAAGCAGAUCACCGCACAUUGGUCAUGCGCUGGAAAAUGGCCAUUCCGCCACCACAGCCACGUUAAAUGGGCCUCAAACUUCCUCCUAUGGUAAUGGAACUCAAUCAGCUGGAACCGCCAGAGAUUCAUUUCUCAACUACUUCUUUGGCAAAGAGGGUUCUCCGACAAGUCAGGGGCAGCUUCCCCAACCAUGCCAUGCCAAUCAUUCCACAGAGCCCAGUUUUAGCCAAAGCUUCCGACGCAAUGAAGUAAAAUCUCAGACUCCCGCCCAAUACCCUCAGGACAAUACUGAAUAUCCCGUAUCUUCGGAAUACGGCGAACCCACAUUCCCAAAUGAUAACUUAGAACCGGCACUCACAGACCGUGAAGCCCUCGAAACGGAAUUAAUUCGCCGUCUCAUUUCCUCCUACUUCAAUAUCGUGCGCGAAACCAUUGCUGAUCAGGUGCCCAAAGCCAUCAUGCAUCUUCUUGUCAACCACAGCAAAGAAGUGGUCCAGAACAGACUCGUCAGCGAACUGUAUAAAGAGGACUUGUUUCCCGAGCUUCUGUAUGAGGACGAUGGGAUCAAGGCAGAACGCGAGAAGUGCGAGAAACUAUUGGGCACGUAUAAAGAAGCCGCGAGGAUCGUUGGAGAAGUUUUGUAA